AUGUCCAGUCUCUACGAUAAACUCGAAUCACACAUACGAGCCUUGGAAACGUUGGGAGUUACGACCGAUAAAUGUGCUGCGAUGUUGUACCCCCUUGUAGAGUCUGCGCUUCCUGAGGAAAUAUUACGGGCCUGGCAAAGGAGUGUCGUAUUGGGAAAUGAUGUCGAGUCGAAAGAGCGUUUAACCUCACUUUUGAAUUUUCUAACGAAUGAGGUCGAAAACGAGGAAAGAAUAGCCAUGGCCGUUCAAGGAUUCGGAAUAUCAUCUGAGUCGGAUAAUGCGAAAAAAAUCGAUCCGGAAAAAGCGAAAAAAUCGAAACCAAAAUCCGAGACGAAGGAUAUACCGACAGCGACGACGCUGCUGACGACGAAGGACGACAAAUCAAUGUGCGUUUUUUGUUCCGGGGUGCAUAAAAGUCCAGAUUGCAUCGAGGCCAGAAAAAUGACGCAUCAGGAGAAACAAUCGAAAUUGAAACAGCAGAAUGGUUGUUUCAACUGUACGAGGAACGGACAUACGGCUCGAAAAUGUCGAGUUAACCUGAGUUGCAAUAAGAGACACGUUGUCGUCAUGUGCCCAGAGAUGUCGGAAAAAGGAAAAACGAUUGAUGAAAAAACGAAAUACGAGACGAAAAUUGAUACCGAUAGCAAUUUAGCCAAUUUCGAGAAUGUCCCUGAAGUUCUUUUACAGACGUUGCGCGUGAGGCUACGCGGCGAGAAAGCGGAACGAGAAGUACGAGCUAUCAUUGACACCGGGUCGCAGAGAUCAUACGUGACAAGAGAGGCUGCAACAGCCGUCGGAUGUACGCCCGUUGGGUGUUUGAGACUAACGCACAAUUUGUUCGGAGGAGUCAAAUCGCAAGAACAAGAACAUAAUCGGUAUCAGUUUAGAAUGAUCGAUCUUGGAGGUAAGUUUCCCUGUCGUUUCGAGGUAUUGGAAAACGAAGAAAUAUGUAGCAACAUUCCCAAUGUACGAGUAGGGCUGUGGGCGGCAGAGCUGAAACGUUUAAAAAUCGAGCUUUCCGAUGUUCACGAUGUUUCCGAGCCCAUUCAGGUACUGAUCAGAGCGGAUGUUGCUGGUAAGUUAAUGACGGGCAAGACUCACGUACUGAAAAGUGGUCCAGUGGCCGUUGAGACACGUUUGAGAUGGACAUUAAUGGGAAAAGGGACGGAAAGCCGUGAGAGAUCGGACGCAGCGUUGACGGUGAUUUCAAUUUUCCAGGCAGAGGUGGAGGUUGAGAAAUUGUGGGAAUUAGGUGUGCUCGGCAUAUCAGACCCACUGCCGUGGAUUAGUGAUCACCCUCCGAUACCGUCAAACCGAGCAAUGGCAGAAAAACGUCUGGAAGCGACGACAAAAAGACUGCGAAGCGGCGGAUAUCUCGACGCGUACGACGGGGUCCUGGACGAAUGGCUGAAAGAAGGAAUAAUCGAACGCGUGCCCGAUACAGAGAUCGAAAACUUCGGACAUUAUCUCCCUCACAGACACGUUAUCAAACAGGAUAGUACGACGAAAAUCCGGCCGGUUUUCGAUGCUUCGGCGAGAGAGAAGUAA